AUGCUUGGAUGUCGUCCCGGGUGCACCUCCAUCCUGCCGUGGGCGAAUAACGCGCUGCGACAGUAUCGUCGGGCGAGCCUACGGCUCGGCAGCAGCAGCGUUAUUGGUGCCGUUUCGUUGACCGCCGCCGCCAGGGAGCACGGCUCGCUGAGUGACGAGAGGAGCAGUUCUUCUUCGCACGGGGCACAACCUACCGGCGACCUUUGCACUUCCCGUCAUGCGAACUCCUGUGAGGCGAGGCUUCCAUUCGCGGGGAGCGACUCGUAUCGCGGCGAGGAGGUGGCGCGUGAGCAGCAGUGCGUCGCGGCGGGAGAACACGGUGACAGGGAGCAGGACGAGCUGCAGUUGCUGCGCCAGUCGGCGCGCACACUACGCGGCGCCACCGAAGCGGAAAUAAAGGCGGAAGUUGAGCGCGAUUCCCGCGACGGCGUAGCGGCCGUUCCGCCGUUGCCACCGUCCGGGUGGAACGUGCAGCACCCGGCGGGCUCGAAUUAUUUUGUCAUGACAAAAACACUAUGUGGAGGAGCGAAAUCGGCCGAGCUGCACAAACGGCGCUACCAAAGUGUUCACGAUAGCUUUCUUCAGGCUGUGAAAGAAAGUCAACGGCAAAAUAUGCUGCGGGAUCAAAAGCGGAAGCAAAGGCAACAGCAGCAGCAGAAGCGUCCGAGAGAGCAGCAGGCGCAAGCACAACAUCGCUUAGCGGCCAUCUCUGGUGGCGAAUCUUUGCAAGCAACGAGUUUGUCGCAAAAGAUGGUUGUGGAUUACAGUGGUGAAAACCAGCGUCGUGCAAUGCUACGAGAGAUGGAGACUCCACACGGUGCAGAGGUCGUGGAGAGAAUGGAUGUUCACUUGACCGUGUUUGCCCCGUUUCGCGUGUACGAUCCUUCGUUACAGGACCCCACUGUUGACAUCUGCGAGUGGUCCUCCUUUGACGUACUUGUGCGCAAGACGACACCAGCGGACGGGCGUGGUUCUGAGGGUGGUACACGAAGUCCGCUCAACUCUGUGGCCCCCUUCGUCGAAGAAAGUGCACUCUGCAUGUUGGUGAGACUAGCCAGUGUAAACAGCGAGAUGCGAAUUCGUUUUAUUCAAUUUCUUUCGCGACAUGAGGCGCAGGCCUUGGAGGAGCACGUGUGUUUUGGCCAGGGCGAGCCAGGGUUCUUGGAAUUGAUGCGCCGUCGCCGUCAGGUGGGGGCGGCGACACGCCCCUUUCGCUCACUGCGCCGCUACGAUGAACCACUAGCUCAGCUUCAGGAAGUGCCUGCCGGUCAAAAAGCGUUAGCCGGAAAUCCUCUAAAUCUCAACUCACAACAGGGCGCAUGCGGCACGGCCUAUGAACUCCUGACCGGCUGUUUUGACUCUAACGGGGAGUACAGUCGAACCUUGUGCUACAGUGGACCCUACCUGAGUGAGUUGUCAAAGGAGAUGAUGGAGGUGAUUCAGGGUUACCUGCAAGGGGACCUUGCUAUUUCGACGGAGCUUUGUGAGUAUGUGUGUCAGAUGCAGUAUUUCUUGGAACAGGAGGAGUACAUGGCGUGGUUGGGGAGGCUGCGUCACGUGGCCACCGUUGCUGCAGAGCGGAACUCCAAAUGA